AUGAAGCCCAACAUAAAAGAGCACUUCACAAAUCCGGGCCAUUCACUAACAAAGGUUUAUGGGAGCGAAGAGUUCCAUUGCGAUGGCUGCAAGACCCCUGGAAAUGGCCCCAGAUAUCGAUGCCACACAUGCGAUUCCACUCUGCAUGAGUACUGUGGAGUGUGCCCAUCCACCCUCUCCACCUUUAUGCACCCCCAGCACCAGCUCAAACAAGUGAUUCGAACCCAAGGCAGGCGCGUUAACGAGCGGUUGUGCACUUUGUGCAGGGACGACGUUGAGGGGCUGUUCUACCAGUGCACGGACUGCGACUUCGAUAUCCACCCGCUAUGCACCAAAAUUCCCGAGUCUGUGCCCCACCCCCUCCACCCCACUCAUCAAUUAAAGCUCCAGACGUCGUCCUCCGGCCGGUGCAGUGUCUGCAAAGGGGAGUGCACUUCAUGGCGGUACGGAUGUGCGAUUUGUACUUUUGAUAUUCAUCUUGAGUGCAUUUUAGCACAGUGCGAGACGCCAACGAUUUCACGUUCACUGGGAGCGCCAAUUACUCCAGCACCACCUCCUUAUGGUCCUUAUGGUAUUGCACCACCGCUGCAUCCAUGGGGUGUUUAUGGAGGGCUGCCUCCUUAUAGUGCUUACGGGCCGUGGUAUCCUUAUUAUUCGUCAACACCACAUCUUUAUAAUUGGCCAUCGUCAACUCCUUUUAGUGCUUAUGCUCAUGCUUGUGCCUAUGCUCCACCACCCCCAUCUUCUUUUCUUGUGCCACCUCCGUCUUCUGGUUUUUAUGCUCAUGGAGGUACCACUGAUUUUGGUCCACAUAACACGAAUAAUCAAGCUCAAGGAACUGGUAAACAGUUAAAAGGGAUGCUGAGCAAGAUUAUAUAUUCGCUAUCGAUGGGAGUGUUGACUAAUUUGAUCGCAGGCGGAAUAACAGGUGGACCUUCUUAA